GUGCGUGAUCAGACGGAAGUGUUCUUCCUGCGCGGUCCGCCAGGCCGGGUCACUCAGAAAUUAAAAUGGCUUCCAGAGGAAAGACAGAGACAAGCAAAUUAAGACAGAAUUUAGAAGAACAGUUGGAUAGACUAAUGCAGCAAUUACAAGAUCUGGAGGAAUGCAGAGAAGAACUUGAUACAGAUGAAUAUGAAGAAACCAAAAAGGAAACUCUGGAGCAACUAAGUGAAUUUAAUGAUUCACUGAAGAAAAUUAUGUCUGGAAAUAUGACUUUGGUGGAUGAACUAAGUGGAAUGCAGCUGGCUAUUCAGGCAGCUAUCAGCCAGGCAUUUAAAACCCCAGAGGUCAUCAGAUUGUUUGCAAAGAAACAACCAGGUCAGCUUCGGACAAGGUUAGCAGAGAUGGAUAGAGAUCUGAUGGUAGGAAAACUGGAAAGAGACCUGUACACUCAACAGAAAGUGGAGAUACUGACAGCUCUCAGGAAACUUGGUGAGAAGCUGACUGCAGAUGAUGAGGCCUUCUUGUCAGCAAAUGCAGGUGCUAUCCUCAGCCAGUUUGAGAAAGUCUCUACAGACCUUGGCUCUGGAGACAAAGUCCUUGCUCUGGCAAGUUUUGAGGUUGAAAAAACAAAAAAAUGACGUGAUGUGGAAGCUUGUAACAUUGAUCACAUUCUUAUUGUGAACGGUUUUUCUUCUGAGGGUUUUCAGUUAUUGCAAAGAAAUGAGAUUCUCAAAAUGCAUUGAUAACCUAAGAAAAGGUGACAUAAAGACAUACUUGUGGCUUCUAUUUAUGCUCUUCAUCAUUGUGCUUUGUACAGGGCUACCUGCUUGAGUGAUCCAGGACUGUGGGGAUUAAGGGUCUCACUGGACUUCGUUCAUUAUGAUUUGUCUGUUUAAGAGAGAGAACAGAAAAUGGACUUUCUCUGUUUUUAUUAAUGUUCCUUGUGUUUUAGUGCUAGUAGUGAAUGAAAAGAUGUGAACUGCUUCUAACUUAUCCCCACUUGUUGGAGUGAACAGUGAAGCAGCAUCAAUAGACUUCAUAUGUGCUCAUAAAAUUUUAGGGUUCAAAGUGAUCCUAGAAAUUAUUUUCAUUUUGCAAACAAGGAAACUGAGGUUCAAAAAGAGCAAGUGACUUGCUUAAAGUCACAUUAGAGACCUGGGAAUAAGACUCCGGUGUCCUGACUCCCAAUUUAGUUUCUGUUGAGUUUUAUUUCUGUACUUAAAAAAAAAAAAAUUAACACUAUUUGUGCAAGUCAGUGCUUUUGAAAAUUCAAUGUCCCAAGAAAAAAUUGACCCUAUACUAAGAGACCAUCCCCCAGCUUGUAAGCUCUCUGUAUGAAUGGGGCCCAUUGUAUCUCUGAGUUUUGAGCUAGGAACAAUGGGAGCCCUGUUGAGAGUCUCCUGAAGUAACUUAGCUUCCUCAGUUGUUUCAGGAGGGAAGCAAUAGGAAAUGGCAGCUAGAGGCCCUCCCUGUGUGUGACCUCUUGCCAAACUCAGGAGGUGGUAACUGUAAGCUACUAUCUACUCUUCAGUUUUUGGAGAAACACAAAAUAAGUUAUGUGGAAAAGCAAGUUUCUUCCUGAGUGUUUACGUGUCUGUCUGCACGCUCAAAUAUGUAGAUAUGUCCGUAUUUAUGUACAUUAGCUAUUUCCUAGGCUCUGGCCAUUUUAUAUUCUUUAAUGUGUUUCUCAGUAUUCUUUUUCUUUGUUCUUUAUACACAUUAAAAACAUUUUUAAAGCUU